AACUUCAGUCCUUCUCUGCUAGUCUCUUAGAUACCUUGAAACCUGAAAGUAAAGUGCCUCUAAAAUAUCCAGUGUAUUAAAAAUCCAUCAAGUGCAGUUACUAAUAUUAUCAAGUCGAAAGGCAAUGCAAAAAUGGAACUUUCUAUCAUUUUAAUAUCAACAUGGUCCUUAUUAUUUAUAGGCGCCAGUGCUGCAAAUAUAUCGUCAACAGUGAUUAACAAGGAUAGGCAUUUGAAUAUUUUUGAUUCAAUAAAUCCAGGACCUUGGAGUGAGAUCUUGGAAGAAUGGGUCGUAUCUGAAAAGGGAAAUUUUAACACAAGAAAUUCCCGAGUAAUGAAACUUGGUGAUAAAACAUUGAUGGUUUCCCCGAAAGGCACAAGUCCAAACAAGCGUGACGUUUCCGAAACGGAUCUCUACCUUUUAGGUGCAAUUGAAAAAUUAGUAUACAGAGUCGACUAUUUGGAAAAACGAUUGAGAAGAGCUGAAGAACUUUUAUAUUACGUUAUAUCUGGAAAUAACAACAAAAAUGAAAUUCAAAAACAACCAUGUCCCCAAAACUAUACAAGAGCAGGAAGAAAUUGCUACUACUUCAGCACACGGGAAUUUGACUGGAAAUCUUCGGCCAGUUUAUGUCGAGGAAUGGGUGGAAAUUUGGUGGAAUUCCGAAGCGUGGAAGAAAAUCAAGACGUCGUGGCUUAUUUGCAAACCGAUAAAAAAUUUAGGGGUAAAAAUUUCUGGACUGGAGGAUUAAAUCCGGGACUUUUGUGGAUUUGGGCAGCAAGUGCAAGACCAGUUUAUCAGGAUACGAAACAAACAGUCGUAGGCGAUGGAAGGUGCUUAAAACUUGAUUUUAAUCCGGCAUCCAGAAUUUAUUCCUACAAAGGUGAAGACUGUAGUUUGAGGCAGCGAUAUAUUUGUGAAGUCACGAAGGACGAUGAAUCAGCCAACAGAAUUGAACGCACAUCUCGUACAUUAUUACACGAAAAUGAUUAAAAAAUAUAAUUAAAUUUCCUUUUAGAGCGUUAAAUAUUUUUUAAUUUCCUUUCGCAGUGUAAAAUAUUUUUAAAUUUAAGAAAAGCG